CUCACAGCAUCAAGGACUCUGGUUUCAGUUUCCUCAGUGCCUACAAGAAGCUGCGCUAGACGCACUGUAUUUUGGCGCACCCAAUUCAAAGUGUUUAAAAACUUUACCAUGUGUAAAUACUUACCUGCAGUGGUGGCACUGAUCUUUUUUACAUACCAUGUUGGUGGAACUUCAGACGAUCCUAUGAUCAAAUGUCUACGAGACAGUGAUUAUGAUGAGCUGUUCAGGAUUACCAAAGAUGGUCUGCCUCCCACACAGUCUCCAAAACAUGUCAUUAUUGUUGGAGGGGGUGCUGCUGGACUUACUGCUGCAAAGUUUCUGGAGGAUGCUGGACACAAGGUGACAAUUAUUGAGGCAAGUAAUCGAAUAGGUGGAAGAAUUCUAACACACAGAGAGAAAAAAGCGGGCUGGUAUGCAGAACUUGGUGCCAUGAGGAUCCCAGAUUCCCACAAGAUUCUUUUAAGAUUUGCUAAAAAGUUAGGCUUGAAGACUGGAACAUUUGUACAGGAAGACAAUAACACUUUCUAUUUUAUAAAUGGCUUCCGUUACAAAACCUACACCGUACGGCAGAACCCAGAUGUUCUGAACUACCCUGUAAGUGAGCAGGAAAAGGGAAAAAAUGCCAGUCAACUGUUUAACAUUGCAUUAAAUAAGUUAAGAGAUGAUCUGCUGAAAAUGGGCUGUAAGAAAAUGCUGCAUACAUAUGACUCAUACUCUCUUAAGGAAUAUUUAGUAAAUGUGGGAAAUUUAAGUGGAGGAGCUUUGCGAAUGAUUGGAGAUAUCCUCAAUGAAAACAGUUUCUUCUACAUAGCCCUCACUGAAAUGCUGUACAUUCAUGCUGAGAUAAACGACAAUACAAUAUAUCAUGAAUUCAAAGGUGGCUUUGAUUCAUUCCCCAACGCAUUCUAUGCUGUGUUAAAUGCCACAAUUUUUCUAAGAUCAAAAGUCCAGGCCAUCAGCCAAACGGAAAACAAUGUAACGGUUUCAUAUCAAGACUGGCGUAACCCCUCCGCUCUGACCAACAUUACUGCCGACUAUGUCUUAAUGACGACCACGGCCAAAGCAACACUAUUCAUAGAUUUUUACCCCCCUCUGACAGCUAUGAAGAUGGAAGCACUACGAUCUCUGCACUAUUCCACAUCAACAAAGGUGGUGCUGAGUUUCAGCAAAAGAUUCUGGGAGGAUGAUGGCAUCAAGGGUGGCAAAAGCAUCACAGAUCUACCAUCACGCUUCAUCCACUACCCCAGUCAUAGCUUCCCUGGGAUAUCAGGGGGGGCCAUAUUAGCUUCUUACACUUCCUCCGACGAUGCUGCGCUCCUUCAGACUUUACCAGACAAUGAACUGAAAGCCCUGGUGUUGAAAGACUUGGUGAAGAUCCACGGUGAACAUGUCCGCCAUCUCUACACAGGGGGCACAGUGAAAAAGUGGGGAAUGGAUCCCUACAGUCAUGGUGCCUUCGCUAUCUUCACUCCAUUUCAAAUGAUAGACUAUGAAAGUCUUCUAGUCCAGCCUGAAGGGAGGAUCUACUUUGCAGGAGAGCACACGGGAAGACCCCAUGGCUGGAUUGAGACUGCCAUAAAAACAGGCCUGCGAGCUGCAAGAGAUAUAAACAGCAUAAAGUAGAAAACAAAUGAGCGUACAAUUAUAAAUUACGUUGAAUUUCAAUAAUACUGUUGCGUCAACAUUGGUGUGCAAAAAUGCAUCUAAACAUGUUUAUGGAGAUUUGAUCUUUAUUUGAAAUGUUUUCACUAACUUUAACAAUCUGAAAUGUAAAUGAAGACUAUUGCAAAAAUAACAAACAUUAAUUUAUAUCAUAUAUAUUUUUUAAUCCAAUCUUCUAUUAAUCUGUUGAUGUGGGCUAGGCCUCUUGCUCAUGCAACUUCUUUUUAAAAGUUACAAUUUAAUAAAAUGAUAUAUAUAAAAAAUGAUAUAUGUAUAUUUUCAUUACAUUUUUAUAUGUUGUGCCUCUUUGAGAUACAGUGCCAAACUGAAAUCA